AUGAACCUUAAACAUAAUAAAGAUUCGAAAGACUUCUUAGAAAAAACGUUUUGUUAUGAACUAAUUAUUAGGAGAACUUAUAAAAUGUAGUGUUUUGCAAUUUCAAUAACUACAGAUAACUCUUUUAUUGCAUUAGCAUAAGAAAACCAUAUCAAUAUAUUCUAAUUCAAAAAAGAUAUUCAUGAACUUUAAUAAAUUUAAAUAUAGACUAAUAAGGUCACUACACUCAAUUUCUUUAGUAGGAGAAGAAUGAUUGUUUCAGGUUCAUUGGAUAGCACAAUUUGUAUAUCUUCGCUAAACAUUUUAUCAAAUCGAAAAUAUGUCAUUAAAUUAAAAGGUCAUUCUAGAGCAAUAUAGUGCUUAGUAAUAACAUCUAAUAAGGAAGAUUUAAUUAUAAGUGGAUCAAGAGAUGCAACUAUUAAAUUUUGGAAAUUGAAUUCCUAAUUAAAUUGGUUUUGUUAUCAGUCUAUACAUGAUCACAAUGAUGAAGUCUAUGGAUUAUCAAUUAAUGAUGAAGGAAAUAAAUUACUAUCCUGUGGAAAAGAUUAAUAAAUUCUUAUUAUGAUAAGGGAUUAUGAAAAUAAAUGGUAAGUUAUUUAAAAGAUAAAAGAGAGUAAAAAUGGAUAUCGAUUAUGCUUUAUUAAUAAUAAUUUAUUUGCAUUUCAACCAGAUUUUACUUUUACUAUUCAUUUAUACUUUUUUGAUCCCAUUACUUAAGAGUAUGUUCGAUCUAGUAAUAUUUCAACUUAAACUCAAGGACGAGUUUGUUAUCGUUAUUUCCCUUUAGUAUUUCUUACUUCUAAAAAUAUUUUAAUCUCCAAAUUUUGUUCAACAAUCAAUUUAAUAAGUUUCAAUUUUACAUCUCAAUCUAUUAAUUGGAAACUCAUAUAAACUAUAGAAUUUUCACAUCAUGGACUUUUUGGAACUAUUAGUAAAAAUGGAGAAUUUUUAAUAACUUGGGAUUAGAAAUAAAAAGAAUUUCAGAUUAGAAAAUAUCAAGAGAAUUGA